UUUUAAAGCUACAACCAAAAAAUUAAAACUACAGCAAAAACACACAAAAAAUGGCUGUAAACAUCUUAUUUUCUAAAGCCCCAUUUUUUUAGCUGUAGAAAAUUUUAAAGCUACAUCAUUUAAAGCUAAAUCAAAAAUCCUACAGACAAAAUAUUAAAGUAAAUUUUCUACAAUUACAACCCAACCAAUCACCCCCAAUAUCUUUAAAUAGCAUAUUACUUGGUCAAUAUCUGAUAAUAUGGUUAGUUUCCGAUAUAUCCGUCGAUCACAAAGAUUUUCUACAUCUCCCAACACUUUUUGUAUAAAUAGUAGUGAAAAGAGAAACACAAACAUUGUCACUUCACCAUUCCCUCAUGGCAUAUUCUAUCAUCUUGCAGAAAAAUUCAAACUCAAACAACAAUGACGACUACCAACGAACCAGAGUUUGCCACGGCUGUGGCGGUUGCGACAAAGAACAGAACGUUCAAGAAGUUCUCAUUCAGAGGGUUCAACGUCGAAGCUCUUCUCAAAAUGUCCACAUAUGAUCUCUCUAAGCUUUUCAACGCUCGUGUGAGAAGGAGAUUCUAUAGAGGGCUAAAGAAGAAGCCUCUGAUUCUGAUCAAGAAGCUACGCAAGGCGAAGAAAGAAGCAAAGGAUGAGAAGCCUGAACUGGUGAAGACGCAUCUAAGGAACAUGAUCAUUGUCCCUGAGAUGAUUGGAAGUGUUGUUGGAGUGCACAACGGUAAGAAGUUUAACGAGGUUGUGAUUAAACCUGAGAUGAUUGGUCAUUAUCUUGCUGAGUUUUCGAUGACUUGUAAGAAAGUUGAUCACUAUAGACCACGUAUCUGUGGUUGUGGUUGUUACCGUAAUUCCACCAGGUUUAUUCCUCUGAGGUGAUUGAAGAGGAAGCUCUUUUAUAUUGUUAAGUUUCUUGUUGUCAGUGAUUUGGUAUUUUGUGUGUUGAUGUCUUAUCUUCUUUAGAAUGUUCCUUCACCUUCUAAUAAAACUCAAAACUUUUAUAAUUGCAACAUCAAGUAAUGUUUGUAGUC